ACCAAUUCAUUUUCUUUUCACUUCCUCGAGGUUCAGCUCUUUCGGGAUGACGGAACAGAUUUAAAUCCUCCCAGCGUACGAGAUUUUGCGCAAUCUCCGCCCGAUUUCAUUUAUUUAUUUAUUUAUUUUUGACUUGGGGAACGCAUCGAGAUCACACCCCUCAUCACAGCUUAUGAAAUGUUUCUAGGCUUGCACCCAUGCCCACCCUCCCCGCCCAAGCCCCCCGCUCCCCCGUCUCUGAGCUCACUCGGCUGGGAUUUAGCCAGACUGAACAUGAUGGACAAUGGAAAUGGUGAGGUUGAUGACCAGAGAAGAGGAAGAGAGGAGAAGAGGGGCCACAGUGGGGGGAACAAAAGGGAGAAAGGGGGGGGGUGAAAUGAGCGAUGCAUUGCCACGUCAGCGAUGUGAGUGCAGCAUGAGGAGGGAGCGAAGGAACGAACAUAUUUUUCACGGUACGACCCAGAAGCAGCCAGAGCUUCCCUCUCAGCGAAUGAGAAGCCAGAGUCUGAAAAACAGUUUCUCCCUCUCCACGUUAGUAACUUUGCUCUCGAGCCCAUCAAUUGGGGAGGAAGGCAUCGAGGUGCCCGCCCUCUGCUCAAACAGAGAGCCUGAGGCAGCAUUAGGCAGGAAGAUGCAGCGCAAUCCUCACAGACGUCGGCCACUGACUAAAUUUAUAGUUUGGACCGCAUAUACUACUGUGCGCAAAAGCAAACUCGAUAUAACCACCGGUAUUAGAAACCCACACACACCCACAUGUCUGUCUGCAGCCCUCGCCCAAGACCUCCGCCCCCGAUAAAAAAAUUUUGCGGGCAAUUUCUCCGUCGUCUCUCUACAUGCGGUAGCGCAACACAGGCCUCUUCCGAGCCUUUCUCUCGUGCUUCUCACUGUUUAUCAAUUGCCUUCUUUUCCCCUCCUUGAGUUUCCGGGGCCCGGCGAACUUGUGACCUGCCACGCUGCGAUCGCCCUUCACCCAUUCCUGCAAGAUAUAGCAACAACUUCUGCACUAAAUGGUCCCCCUCUGCGGGCAGACAUUGUGGGCAUUCAUGCAUGCUUCUCACAUUCUGCUGUCCUUCGGCCCAGUGAUUUAACACAUGUUACCUGCUGUACUUAGCCCCGUGCAGACUGUUCCUGGAUUACCGGCCCUCUCCUCAUGAGUUGGCUGUCCAAGUUUAUGGUCAAGGGAGUAUAAGUUACCUGGUCGAAGCAACGGUAGUGCCUUGAGAAUGUGUACCAGAUUGAACUAGGCCAUUCCAUUGGAACGAGGCAGUUCAGCUUAUUAUGUAGUCAAGGGAUGGGGGUAGUACUGAUAUAUAUAUUCCUCGCUCGGUGCGGAAGGGACUAGGGAGCUAUUGGCUAUGUCAACUGGGUGACUUCAUGUCCUCUCCGGCAGUGCAGGUAGUCCUACGGAGGCGAGUGAUGGUAAGAGAACUAAGCAUGCUGCCAUGCUCACUCUCGGGUGCCUCCAUUGAUGGAGGCGGGUAGUGAUUGACUGUCAUUCGCUCCCUCACUUCUAGAGCCCAUAACACCACACCCAAGCAUAUUCUGGCCAACGUAACGUGAGAUACCGCGAUGCAUGUCCCCAAUAUGAAGGAAGAUGAGGGUCAUAAAUUCUAGGCUCUCACAAGGCAAGACCAUUGAGGUGUCAUGGCUGCUGCAAGCAUCGAUUCAAGAAAUAAAUCAGAUUAAAAAAAAUCCAAACUAAAAAAAAAGCCGAUGCUGCACGCUUUCCGUUGUUUCAAUCAUGGACCGAAAGCUUGGAAUUAUUAACGGAAGGGUGGGGACAGGACAGACAGGGUGAGGAAUAGGGCUCUGAUCUCACUCCAGUGCUGCCAGCGAGGACUACUUAUGCGCUGGCAUGAAUCCUGUGUUCCUGCUUGAGUUCAAUCCCAUCGCCUUCUCUUUCGCUGUUGCAGACAAGUACUCUCUGCUCCAUUCCACUUGUUUGGCCUCGUACAAUGUCCGAGAAAAUCGAUAUCGAAUCGUCCGUGAGUUGUCCCUUGAGCCUCUGCCAUCCUUUUUUUUUUUGGAUGGUCAUGUGACGCAGGGAGAAUUUAUCUGAUGGUGGUCUGAUUCCCCGAAUAGUCCCUGCUGCUAGACACGAGCAGAGAUGUUGAAACAGACAUUUGGGCACUUGGCAUCACAGAGUGAGCCGCUUUCUUUUCCCCAGUGGUCUUUGUCGAACGGGCUUCCAGAAUAUCCACAGAACAUGGGCUGACCUGCCACCGGAAGGAAGUCAAUCUCAGCUGAGGUUGUCGGGAAUCCAUACAAUCCUGGAGAUCUCGAUAGGUAUGCGUUGAAUCGAACAGAUAUAUCUUCGAGCACAUCCGCCGACCUCUCGUUAAUGCUACGCGGGCAGAAAUAGGGUUGAUCCGAGCAACGAUGCACAGCCGAAUGAUAUCCCGCAGAAGCAGUUUGACUUCAUUCAUAUACGGUACAAGAGCACUGGAGUGACGGAUAGCCCACGAAUAUUCCGUUUAGCUUAUGAGUAUGUGUCAAUUUUCCGUAAUAUUUUCCCCCAAAACUUUCACGAGUUUUCACUCACUGUUUCCCACUUGGUGCUUCCAGACAGACAAAACCUGGGGGUUGGAUUGAAGUCGUUGAGAACCCUCCCUCAUCUUACACGACUCAUUCACCCACGGGCGAUGGCGCACAAGGAAAAGGAGGGGUGGCCCCAACCAGCUGGGCCGUCAAAGAUUUUGCAACAUCUAAGAUGGCGUUCUGGAUCAAACAGCAGCUAACAGAAGCUGGAUUUGUUGAAGUGGAAGAGAAAGUAUGGAGGGCACCAACUGGCCCCUGGCAGAAGAUUGUUGGAAUCGGGAGGUUGAUCUACUGCCUUCUCAGCUUGAGUUGGAGUGGCAGUAGUAGGGUUAGGGAGAUGGUGAAUUCGGGGGAGACAUACUCAGUCUCUCGCGGGCCAACGUAAGUUUGAUACUCUCUUCCCCCCCGCGUGCUACGAGAUAUCCGUGUUGACAACCUCCCUUCCAGGGUAUUCGUUAUCGCGAGGAAACCUUGAAUUAGUGAUCGGAAGUACUGGUUGUCUCUGAUGGUUAGAGGGAAGGGAAAAAAAAGUACUGGUAUUGAAUUUGGGGAUGUGCAAGAAGAAUCCAGUUGCCUAUUUUUUUUUAUUUUUUUUCUUUCUUUCCUUUUUGCUCCUUGCCCCACAGUACUGGCUUUUUGCAGGAUUCGGAAGCUCAACGUCCUCCUCUUAUUUAAUGAAAUUUUACGAACUAACGUUUGGCGGGCAUCUACGAUCUCUAUUUAGCAUCGUUUGGGGUCAUCUUUCCUCAAUCUUUUCUUGUCCGAAUUAAAAUAAAUAUAUAUCUAAAUAUACUUUCAAACUUCGCCCUUCCCCACUCCCUUCUAUUGAUCUCCUAUACAAGCAUCAUAAUAUCUCUGUCUAUCAUACCAUCUGCAGAGUGCCGUCUAGAAAAUCCACUCAGGGGGCCGCUAGGAGCUCGGACCCGGGGCAGCCUCAAAAGAAAGCGGAAGGGAAAAGAAAAAAGAAAGGGAUGUAAAAGAGAAUACAGUAUUUUAUUCUAACCGGCGAAAGCCGAAUGCGUGGACUAGGUUUCUCUUCCGGCCCUGCGGGGAGGAUGGGGUGAUACAAGUAAGAUCAUACCGGUAGUUUACUGAUGACCUCCCCCCCCAAAACCUUUCCUACACUACACACCGCAUCGAGAACUUUGAUAAAGCGGCUCCACCGUUAUCUCAGCCCUUUCCAUCUACGAUACUUUAUCAUAGGAUGCGGUCGAACGAAGACUGGAAAGCCGCCGUCAAGACAAAGAUAGAUGAAGUUUUGGCCAACGCAAACCCCGCAGAAUACCCUCCUCCACUAUUUCUUCCAGUCAUUAUUGAUCAUACACUACUAAAGCCCGAUGCUACUCCAGCUCAAAUAAAUACAUUGUGCGAUGAGGCCAUCAAAUACGGAUUCAAAGUAUAUAAAACACCAUCCUUUCCUUUUCUGUUGGAAAGAGGGGGGGGUUGAAUGUUUUAGAUGUUGCUUCGCUACAUAUACAAAUCAUAGCUGACGAUGAAACUGUAGUCGUGUUGCGUGAAUGGAUCCUAUAUCCCUCAGGUUGCCGAAAGGCUGCGAGGGAGCGGGGCGAUUCCGUGCGUAGUGGUAGGCUUCCCUCUCGGAGCGAUGAAGCCAAGUGCCAAAGCAUUGUGAGUUCCUCCUUCGAAGCCAUAUCGAGCAAAUAGAGAAUCAAACGACCCCUUCCAAAAAUGGACAUGAACGGUAAUAGGUUCCCUUCUCCACUCUCUCUAGCGAAGCGCAGGAAGCCGUAAGAGAUGGUGCGAAGGAAGUGGACAUGGUGCUGCACAUUGGCCACUUGAAAUCCCAAGAUUACGUCCACUUGCACGCAGACAUAGAGGCUGUCGUCGGAGCGUGUUCACCGAUCCCCGUCAAGGUUAUCCUCGAGACGGUAUUUCUCACCGAUGAAGAGAAGAUCGCCGCUUCUUUUGUCGCCGCUGAGGCCGGCGCUGCGUUUGUCAAGACGUGCACUGGAUUCGCCGGCGGCGCGGCCUCGCCAGGAGAUGUUGCCCUCAUGAAGAGGACUGUUGCGUACAAGGACGGGGCCGUGCAAGUUAAGGCAUCUGCUGGAGUCCGGACCUAUGAGAAAUGCCUUGAAGUUAUCAAUGCCGGUGCUGAUAGGGUUGGAACGUAAGUUUGAUAUCUUCUAGAAAGCGCUGAACGAAUGAUCGAGCUGUUGAUAUCGUAUCCUUUGGAUAUAGGUCUUCCGGAGUAGCAAUUAUGGAGAAAUCCGAUCUAGUGCCAGGAUCUUACUAGGGGUUUCUCAAUUCUUUGUAGGCAUCAAUUGAUCAUUAGUUCUUGUGCCCUUUGUAUACUAAAUGGUAAUAUGAGAUAUGAUGGAUUGCAAAUAUGGCGGAAUCAGGGGGAAGGGAUCACUAGAUGCGCUGAGAGCGAUUUCUGAUAUAUGAGUAGGGGAACCGGGGGCAAAUAGCGUGUUGAGACCUAAUAGGCAAGUUCGAAUUGUAUUCCACGGAAUCGGGUGGAUAUACCGACACUGUGAAUUUGUACCAUUUCACUGGAGCGAAGCUCCUUGCGAGCCUAUGCCAAAUUGCCAAUUGCCUGUGAUAACUUUUUCUUUUCUUCUUCUCACGACUCGACUUCUACCGGUAGUCAAUUCAGCAAAUCAUGGUGCCCUUCCCUCAAGAAAUGUGUCUGCCCACUCCCUUCUAUCUCACGUUAUUCGUGAGAAGACUACUACCAUGUCCCAACCCCCCAUAUGCUCCUCGCAGCGAUGAUCCGGAAGGAUGUGUGCGCCCCCCUUCUUCCUCCACCCAUCGGGUGCCC